AUGGCCAGGGAUGAAUUAGUUCAAACUCUUACUGUGGUGAGGCAGAUUUGGCUGAGAAGGAAUCGCUUUCUUUUUGAAAAUUUCUUAUUGUCUCCUUCACUAGUGCUGGAAAUAGUGCAGUCCACGUUUGUUGCUUUUAAAGAGGCCAAUGCCACUAUGGAAGAGGAAGAUUCAGGGCUUGGUCGUGUAAGGGUUAGGAUUUCUGCUCAUGCCAAGAGGGAGUUGUUGGAUUUUCUGGGCAUGCAGGAAGGUGUUCUCCUGGUUCGAUACUUGGGUGUUCCCCUUAUUUCUAAAAGGUUAACAGCAGGUGAUUGUGAUGCUUUGGUGUCCAAGAUUACUGCUAGGAUUGAUUCCUGGUUAGCCAGAAACUUAUCCUUUGCUGGGAGGUUACAACUGUUGUAUUCUGUUCUUCUUAGUUUGCAGGUGUAUUGGACUAAGGUGUUUAUUCUUCCUAAGAAAAUUAUUCAUAUGCUGGAACAAAAAUUCAAUAGGUUCUUGUGGAUGGGUAAGGAUUCCAAAGCUCAUGCCAAAGUUGCUUAG